GGAAAUCUCAGCAUCUCUCUUUGCAGCAAGCAAGCAAGAAACUGUUGAUGAUGGAUUCAAAGAAGUCUAACAAGAUCAGAGAGAUUGUUAGGCUUCAGCAGAUCCUCAAGAAGUGGAAAAAGCUUGCGAAUGCUCCAAAGAACACCUCCAACGCCACCUCUCCCAGCACUGCAGCAGCCAGCGCCAACAUCAGCACAGCAGGCAGCAAAAGCAUCAAAUUCCUGAAGAGAACACUCUCAUUUCCAGACGUUUCCGCCGCUUCCAACGACGUCGUUCCGAAAGGAUUUCUCGCGGUUUGUGUCGGGAAGGAGCUCAAGAGAUUCAUCAUCCCCACAGAAUACUUGGGUCACCAAGCAUUUGGGAUUUUACUGCGAGAAGCUGAGGAAGAAUUUGGCUUCCAACAAGAGGGAGUGCUCAAGAUUCCUUGUGAAGUGCAUGUGUUUGAGAAAAUCUUGAAGGUAGUUGAAGAGAAAAGAGAGGUGUUCUAUUUGCAUGAGUUUGGUUCCAAUGCAGACAACAACGAGAAGAUUGGGUGCUACUCACCGGAUUGUGAGCUUACACCCUCUCAUCAUCCUCAAAUGUGUAGAUGACUCGUUGAAUAUUUUUCUUCUUCACCAAGUCUUUUGCUUUUUCUUUUUCUUUUUGUUUCCUUUUUGUUGUGAAUGCAAUGUAUGAGGGAGAGGGGGUGAGAUCUAGGAAGAUUUUAUAGAUAAUAAGGUUGAUUUCUUUUUAUGAAGGAAAAUAGUAUUAGUUGGAUAUCAAAUAUGAUCCAGGUUUUAUUGUAUCUGCCAUACUUUGGUGCAA